AUGGCUGACGAUCUCUCCACUGCGUCACUUCCACAGUACUCGGUCCCUGGACCACAGAUCGUUGGAGGGACCAAAUACCAGCAACUACUGGCAGUUAUCGAGGAGUUGGGCAAGGAUAUCCGACCGACUUACACCGGCAAUAAAAUCUGCGCUGAACGUCUUAAGAGAUCCAUUGCUCACUCUCGGAUACUUGUAAGGGAGUGCCUGAUAGAGGCGGAGAAGGAUCGACAAAAAGCAGCAGCGGAUGCAGCUGUUAAAAACCAAUAA